CAAGCUCCGCCAUGCGCCAAUUGACGUCUGACAAACCCCCCUCAAGGCGCAUCGAGACAUAAGACACAUUCACACCAUGAGGGCAAACCUGGCCCGUCAUGGCAGGCGACUCCUGGUCUGCCAGGCUCGGACGGCGCCAUCCUGCGCGGUCUAUGCGACUCCAGCCCGUCGACGGUCGAUUGCCCCGAGGCCGAGGCUGCGAGCCACCUCUGAGCGCACCUUCAUCAGCAACCUGCUGCAGAAGCCGCCGCGGGAGGUCAGGCAGCCCGAGUACGAGCCGGGAUGGCUGCAAAUCAUGCUGUGGAGGAGCCACAUGCUCGACAACGUCCGGCCGCCGCCGCGGGCCGAGCUGUUCGAGUCGUGGAAGAAGCUGAUGCAGCACAAGGUCAACAGCCGGACGCCGCUCAACAGCACCCAGGCCCUGCAGUGUCGUCGGUUGCUCGAGUAUCUCUCGACGCCAAAGCCAAACCAGCCAAUGCGGCCGUUGACGCACUCCGACCUAUCGUACGCAAGACAGGCGCUGCUUCAAGUUGAACCCAUAGAACGGACGCAGCAUCAUCUCGAUUUCGCAAAGUCGCUCUAUUCCGUAUGGAUGUCAAGGGACUUUCCCAAGACCCCAAAGGCUGUGGAGCUGCAGUGGACUUAUCUUGUCAAGGCCAUGGCUCGGUAUGGUGCCUCUCGCGAGGCGGUCAAGAUGCUCUAUGAGAAAUGGGCGCAGCCGGAAUACGCUCUUUAUCUAACCCAGGAGGACCGACUGCUGGAAGCCGUUGCCCGCGGCCUUUCAAGAGAGGGAUGCGAGGCCGAAUUGGUGGAGCUGAUACAAUACGCCGAAGAUCAUCAGGUCCCUUACGAUAUCGGACUGCAGGCCAUCAUAGUCGACUUCUUUGCUCAGCGGGAUCGCAUCGCCGAGACCAAGCACUGGUUCAACAAGCCCGUCGCCGGCAAGCUCCCACGACCCUCGGUAUACCGAAGCAUCGCAUCGUUUGCCAUGCGCAACAACCUCCAGGAAUGGGCCACUUCACUGUUCCUCGAGCUGGGCGAGCUGCAGCCAAGGCAGAAACACUGGAACGUGAUACUUCAGGCGAUACUGAUCCUUGGAAAGAGCCUCGCGGAGGUGGAUGUCAUGAUGUCGCACAUGGUGCACGGCAAAUUACAGCUGUCGCCAGAUACUCGAACCAUCAAUGACCUUCUCAGAGUUGCCGUCGAACAGAGAGAUGUGGCCUUGGGAGAAGACAUUCUUGCGCUCGCCGCCAAACGAGGCAUCGCUCCGGACGGAGAGACGCACCUGGUUCUGUUCUUUCUUCGACUUGCAACCAACAACUUGGUGGAAGCACGGGAAGCAUACAAACAGGUCAGGCAUAUACAGCCCUGGACUCUAGAGACCAAGCAGCAUCUCUUUGGCGAAUUCAGCAAAGCGGUUAACGCAUACCUGGUGGCGCUGGCUGCUCAACAACAGCCCGAUUUCAAGCUGAUCUCAUCAUUAUUGGAGGCAGUGGAAGAAGACCGGAUACGGCUUGAGCCGGCCACCGUUGCGGCUCUCUGCUUGAGAUUUCUCGAAAACGAUCAACACUUUGAUGUCAUGGACAUCCUAUCAAUACAUUCUUUCUUAUACAGCGAGGCCGAGCGAGAGAUUGUCCAGAGCGCAUUCGUCUCGUUCUGCCUGGACCCCAGCACGAGCACGAAUCGAGCAUGGGGCGCAUACCAGCUACUUCAGCAGUUCUUCCAGGACACCAGCUUCGAACGACGAGUCGAGUUGAUGAAGGGCUUCUUCCGACGGAAGCGAUCCGACAUGGCCUCACACGUCUUUGGACACAUGCGCGCUCACCGAAACAAGUCGUACCACCCAACGGCGGAAACGUACAUCACAUGCUUGGAGGGAUUUGCCCGAUAUCCUGACCCCGAAGGCCUGGACAUGGUGCAUAACAUGUUGAAGAUGGACACCUCGCUACAGCCAUCCACAAAGCUAUACACGGCUCUGAUGCUGGCAUACACGGGCUGCGGCCAGCCCCUGAUAGCGCUGGACUGCUGGACCCAAAUCACUCAGUCGAGAGAGGGCCCGUCGUACGCGACGCUGGAGGCGAUAUUUUGGACACUGGAGAAGAAGUCGGGCGGGCAUAACCAAGCCCGGCAGAUUUGGGACAGGAUGGAGAGGAUGGAUCUGGACAUUCCGCCAGCAGUGUACAAUGCGUACAUUGGCGCCAUUGCCGGGAGCGGGAACGAGAAGGAGAUCCGGGCUCUGUUACUGAAGAUGGCGAGCGUCGUAGGUUCAGAGCCAGAUGCCAUGACACUUGGCAUUGCGUAUAAUGCGCUGCCUGGGCAGCUGCUGCAAAAGGGGUUCCAGGAGUGGGCAAAGGGGCGGUUCCCUGAUGCUUGGGCAGAGCUGAUGAAGGUGGGACGGCGCAUGGACGAGUACUCGCUGUGUCAGUUCAAAAUAGAACGGCCCUUGAAGGCCUAAGGCGAGCGUGGACAAGAUGGUGCAGGAUAAUGUUCAUGACAUGUAUGUCUAUACAUAUGGGGUUGAUAUCUACUACUACUGUACACAUAUUCGGCGGGGAAAGGAAAGAGAAAAGUACAAACCGGGAGCGAUCAUGGCCAUACAUAU